AUGGUUUUUCUUACUGAAGAAAAAAUUCAGAAAAUACUUUCAAAAGCAAGACACUUGUUACAACAGUCUGCUGUGAUUGUCAAGGAUUUGGCCUCUUUUAUUGGUUCAAUCAUAAACGCUUUUUACGCUGUUUUGGAGGCCCCAUUGCAUUAUCGUCAGCUAGAAAGAGAUAAGAUUUAUGGUUUAGGUCCUGAUUUGAAUUUUCAAAACAAAGUUCAGUUGUCUGAAGCCAGCAGACCUGAAUUGACUUGGUGGUGUGAUAAUAUAGUUGUGAAAAAUGGCAAAGCUAUUAGACCUAGAAAAGUACAGUUUCAUUGUAGAACAGAUUCGUCCCUUUUAGGCUGGGGUUGUGUAGAUGUAGUAUCUGAUAGGUCAGCUCAUGGACGUUGGUCAAUCGAUGAAUCUAAAUAUCAUAUAAUUUUUUUAGAGUUAUUAGCAAUUUAUUUUGCUCUUCAAUCUCUGUAUUGUAACUGUACAGAUACUCAUAUAGAGUUCCAAUGUGAUAACAUUACAGCAGUAAAGUAUGUAAAUGACAUGGGAGGAAUGACUUCAAAGUCUUUGGACACAUUAUCUGCUAAAUUGUGGCAAUGGUGCUUAAAAAGAGGUAUCUUUAUUUCGACUAAACAUAUAGCGGGAAAAGAGAAUGUUACAUCAGAUUUCUAUUCUAGAAAUUUUUCUGAUUCCACAGAGUGGAUGCUUAUGUCAGAAAUUUUUCGAAGGUUGCGCAAACAAUUCUUUGUGCCAGAUAUAGACUUGUUUGCUUCAAGAUUAAAUAAGCAAAUAGACAGAUUUGCUUCUUGGUUUCCGGAACCAGGAGCUUUCUUCAAUGAUGCUUUUUCUUGUUCAUGGCAAAGUUUCCUACCUUAUAUUUUUCCACCAUUUAAUUUACUGAGUAAGGUAAUCAACAAAAUUGUUGAAGAUAAAGUGGAAAAAGCUAUUGUGAUUUUACCUUAUUGGAAAUCUCAACCUUGGUUCCCUUUAUUAUUACCUAAUAUGGCUGAUUUUCCUGUUAGGUUACCAGGACACAAGGAUCUGUUGACGAUGGCACACGACGGUACUCCACAUCCUUUGGUAAAGUCAAUCAACAUGGUUGGUGUGAUGCUCUCCGGAAAUCCCUCUACUUCAGGAAAGUUUCACCAGGAGCUGCUGAAGUCAUUUUACAGUCAUGGAGACCAGGAACUAGGAAACAAUAUGGGUUGGCCUGGAAACGAUGAUGCUAGUAUACAUGCAAAGCCGAAGGCUUUUGCGAAAAUAAUGUGCCCUCAUCCAAGCCCUGGUGAUGGAUGA